UUUCGAUUUCGCCCUCACACUAGUUAUGUGCACGUGCAUGUGUUUUUCUGCUGUUGCUCCGUUUCAGAGUGAAAUUAAUUGUGCUUGUUCUUUUAAUCGAAUUUUAUUUUACCGGUUAUCUGCAUAAUACUAUAGUGAAAAAGCUGUGUUUUGCUUUGCUGUUGACCUAUCAAUAAAAUGUGGAAUUCAUUUCACUUGGAGUGUCCUGUGCAAGAUGUAUGUGAAUAUCGCCGAAAAAAGAAUUCAAAAAUUGAGUUAUUUCAAGAGUUGAUAAGCAUUCUUUCCUCAGGAGCAGAUAUACUCACCCGUGAUCAUCCCAUCUGGACCGAAAUAAAAGUAUUUAAUAAUGUACAGUCAAAAUAUAAAAGGAUAUUACAUUGUGAUAAACUUCUGCAUCUGAUUCAACGUGUUGGCCGCUGUUUAAAAAAGAUGGUUUUGCUGAAUUUAUCUAGAUCAUAUUUAGACCUUGCUGAACGAUUUAUAAUUGCUCUUCAAGAUCCAAAAGCUGUUGUACAAUUGCCUUCACGACAACAACUGGAGUACAUUCUCCUUCGCACUCAAGCAACAUCUAAACUCAUUUGUGAAGCUUUAGAAUAUUCUAGGGAAACAUUUUGUUAUCUUCUUCAGAAGUUAAAUGUUGGACAUCUCUUGCUUGACUUACUUAUGGCAACAUCGGUGACAGCUAGAUUACACAUUAUAUUCAAAGCUGUUUUAGUACAGAUAUAUGAUCUUUACAAAAAACUUUUCCCAUGGCUCACAAAACUAAAGAAAGGAAGUUGGGAAUGGCCUUCUUCAUUGGCAUUACCAAACAAUUUGGAAGAAUGGCUAAAGCCUGAGCAUUUUGAUAAUCUCAGUAAAAACUCUGAAGCAUCUGAAAGUCAAAUAAAUGCUUUGGCCAAUUAUUUUGCGAAGAAAAAAGCAAAUGAAAGAGAUAAACCUGAUGUGAUUGAUCUAGAUUCAGAGAAAGAUGUUAAUAUAAUAAACUGUGAUAUCCAACAGUUAGAUGAAGAUAUUGGAGAAGUUGUUGUUCCUGAGAAAACAUCAGUUGAAAAUCAGCACCGUAAAUUCACUAGUUCUCAAAAAAGUAUUUUGAGAAAAAUAUACAAGGCGAAAACAUUGGAAAAACUUCAAACAGUGUGGGACAAUAUUAAUGCAGCAUCAGAAGAUUUAUAUCCUUUUAUGUUAACUCAGAAGAAAAUCAAUAAAAUAAACAAGCUUUUAGAUAGUGUGGGAAACUCUGCAGACAACAAGUAUUGUGCUUCAGGCAAGUCAAAGGUACCCAUCAUGCAGAAUAUUAGAUUUCGAUUUACGAAAUAUUUAGGCCUGGUGAAAAAUCAAGAAGAAUAUUUUCAUUUUGCUGAAGAGUUUUCCCAGAAGAAAAAAGAUGUGAUAAAAUUUAAACCUGUUAAAAAGAUUAAAGAACUGAAGCAAAUUCAUGAGGAAAUGUGCAGACAUAUGAAUGAUGCUUCUGAAUAUGAAAAAUUAGAGAAAUUAAGUAAAUAUUAUGAGGGACAAUAUGCUGCACUUAAAGAACUGAAAAAGAGUGGUGAUUUGGAGCUUACCAAGAAAUUAACUUAUUAUGCAUCAAAAGUGCUUAUUAGAAUGUUUAACGGACAAUAAAUUGUAUGCUGUUUUAUGGACUAAGUAUUUGCUAUUUAUUAAGAAA